AUGGCGGAAAUCCAUCAGCCUCCUUCCGCCAGCUCCUCCGGCGCUCCAAGUCCUAUUGCUCCAGCCCAUCACUAUGGGUCGACUCUGGCGCCGCCCGCCAAAACCGUGAUAGGCAGAGCUCUGGGGAUAGAUCGACUCCCAGAGCCUCAGCAGCGUCGUACCAGCGGCGAAAGCUAUACUUCCGGCGGUUUAGCUGCUCCGGGCUUUGGCAUGUCCAUGGCGGAUUCUCCACUCCCCAGUGCUCCAGCAUCACCGCAGAUUACACCUCGGUCUCAUGGUUCCGGAGCUUCAACCCCAGGCAAACACCGCGCCACAACUCUCGAUAUUCCCGGUCUCACCAAGUCCAAGGUCUCUCCGGAUGGACGCAUUGCACAGCGUGAUAUUGGGUCGAAACUUGUCAUUGUCAUGGUCGGCCUUCCCGCCAGAGGGAAGAGCUAUAUGACCAAGAAACUGUGCCGCUACCUGAACUGGCUGCAGCAUGAUACAAAGAUAUUCAACGUGGGAGAACGCCGUCGAGUGGUGGCCAGCUCCACUCCUCAAGCUGAGCUGAAAACAAUUGACCCCAUGGCCAAUGGAACUUUGCGCAAAGGUGUACGAGAACUCAGCGUCGGCGAGCUUCCUCCCGAAGAACAGGCGGAGCUCGAUGCGGCAGAGAAGAAUGUCAGCGCAAUACCACCACUUGAUAUGCCACCUAGUUCGAUUCCGCCAGCUACUAUUCUUGUCAAUGACAAGCCCCAGGACGAACCAACAGAGCAGCCAGAGCCAAGUCCAGUGACAGACGGCCAACCAUCCACAGCCGCUAAACCUGAGGAAGGAAUGGAUCAGUCCGCCCAAUUCUUUGACCCGGACAAUCAACGCGCCGUCCAGCUGAGAGAGCAGGUCGCUCUAGCUACCCUUGACGAACUGCUGGAUUAUAUUCUCGAGCAAGGUGGCAGUGCUGGCAUUCUUGAUGCAACAAACAGCACACUGGAACGCCGUAAAUCCGUAAUGGCACACAUUCGUGAACGAGCGGGACCGGAACUAAAUGUCCUCUUUCUGGAGAGCUGUUGUUACGAUGCCAUGUUACUAGAAUCGAACAUGCGCCUUAAGCUCUCAGGCCCAGACUACAAAGAUAUGGAACCAGUCGUUGCUCUGGAAGACUUCAAAAAGCGCAUUAAACUCUACGAACGCAGCUACGUACCUCUAGGAGAGUAUGAAGAACAGCAUAACAUGCCGUAUGUCCAGACAAUUGAUGUGUGCCGCAAAGUCGUCGCUCAUCAAGCUACCGGCUUCAUGGCUUCCCAGGUAGUUUCCUACCUACUUAACUUCAACCUAUCCCCACGCCAAAUUUGGAUAUCCCGUCACGGCGAAAGCCUAGACGACGUCAGCGGGAGAAUAGGCGGAAAUGCACCGCUCAGCGAAAACGGGACUCGUUAUGCUAAGGCCCUUGCUAAGUUCAUUGAUCACCAGCGCGCCCGCUGGGAAGAAUAUCAAAAGAUAAAAGCCCUGUCAACCCAUUUCCCGCCACGGCCAGGUGACAGCACGCCACCAAACCCGCACCAGACAGCGCAAUUCUUCGAUGAAGAGGAAUACGACGUCAAGGAGAUGAGGAUGCUUAACGAGCUAAAUGCAGGCUUAAUGGAAGGACUGACAUACGAUGAGAUUCGUGAACGAUUCCCCACCGAUUUUGAAACUAGGAGGAAGGAGAAGCUGCAUUAUCGAUUCCCCGGCCCUGGAGGAGAAGGGUACCUGGACGUCGUCAACCGGCUACGUGCUGUUAUCGUCGAGGUUGAACGAAUGACGGACCACGUACUUCUUAUCGGACCUAGAUCUGUUGCCAGGACUCUGCUAGGAUAUUUCCUCGGCUUGAGGAGGGAGGAUCUCACCGAUCUUGCAGUGCCAUUGGGCAUAAUUUAUUCUCUCGAACCGAAACCUUACGGCGUGGAAUACAAGGUCUACCAAUAUGACCCGCAAGCAUGCUGGUUUGAUGAACUUCCCAAUUACAAAGUUGGGCAAAAGUCUUACUACUAA